AAAUCGAAACACACAGAAUCCACACAAACAAUCAAAGUUACCUGCAACGACUACCUGCUUCAAAGUUCAAUCCAACACAAACUGCUUUCCACGUUCACUCUUUCCUUUAUCUUCUUCUCACUUCACCACCAUCCACGUAAUUUCCCAUUAUAAUCCCAUUUAUACCAUUAACUUCUUACCCAAAACCGCGUCCCAUAAAGGGCACAUUCGUCAUUCCACCUCCCUCAUCCCUCACCAUUUCUAGAAUUCUAAGCUCUUCUCCUCAUAAGUGAUUAUCAAAAACUAAAAACAAACAUUCACUAAAAAUGUCUGAAAACGGAGAAGAGAAAUUACUCGCUGUGGCACGUCACAUAGCAAAAACGCUAGGCCACAAUAAUAACAACAUGGCUGAUGAUAUUCUUCAAAUCUUCUCUAAUUUCGAUGGAAGAUUCUCGAAGGAGAAUCUUUCUGAGAAAGUCGCUGCGGUCGAGGUUACUGACAGAGAUCCAAGAGCUUUUGCGGCUUUGGAUCACUGUCUUAAAAACCUCGACCGCCGAAUCUCUCACUACGUUUCAUCUGAUCAUCCAAUUUGGGCAGACUCUGCUGACGCUGCUGCUUUUCUCGACGCCGUUGACGACUUAGUAGCUUCCGUUGCAGAGUGGAACCACCUCACCGGUGAUAAAUCCAUCGCCACGUGUCUUGCACGCGCUGAAGAUAUGCUUCAACAUGCUAUGUUUCGUCUUGAAGAUGAGUUUCGUUCUCUCAUGGAACGCGGUGGUGAGUCGUUUGACCUAACACCGCCGUACCGGAAUAGCGAUUCGGUGAAUUUACCGUUUGAUUCUGAAGAAGAGGAUGAGGAAAUUGACGGUGGUGGUGAAGAGGAUCUGAUUCCGGUUGCCAUGCCGGUAACAGAUUACGAAAUUGUGAUUGAUGCGUUACCGUCGGCGACAAUUAACGAUCUUCAUGAGAUCGCGAAACGAAUGGUUGCCGGUGGAUUUGGAAAAGAGUGUUCGCAUGUGUAUAGCAGUUGCCGGAGAGAAUUCUUGGAGGAAAGUUUAUCGAGAUUAGGGUUACAGAAGCUGAGUAUUGAAGAUGUUCACAAAAUGCAGUGGCAAGAUAUUGAAGAUGAAAUUGAAAGAUGGAUUAAAGGUUUCAAUGUUGCUUUGAAGAUACUUUUUCCGAGUGAGCGACGAUUAUGCGAUCGCGUGUUUUUUGGAUUCUCUUCAGCUGCAGAUUUUUCUUUCAUGGAGGUUUGUAGAGGUUCUACAGUUCAGUUGUUGAAUUUCGCCGAUGCGGUCGCAAUUGGAAGCCGUUCGCCGGAGCGGUUGUUUAAAAUUCUGGAUGUGUUUGAAACAUUGCGUGACCUAAUUUCGGAGUUUGAGUUGUUGUUCUGUGAUCAGUAUAGUGUGUCUUUGAGGAAUGAGGCAAUUACUAUAUGGAAGAGAUUGGGGGAAGCAAUUAGGGGCAUUUUUAUGGAGUUGGAGAAUUUGAUUCGAAGGGAUCCGGCUAAGGCAGGUGUUCCGGGUGGUGGUCUUCAUCCGAUUACGCGUUACGUGAUGAAUUACCUUCGCGCAGCGUGUAGGUCGAGGCAGACUUUGGAGCAAGUGUUUGAAGACUAUGGACAUCCAUUGAAGGAUUAUCCUAAGAUGGAUGAUAGGAUGCAUUCAUCUUCGUCUUUGUCGGUGCAAAUGGAUUGGAUUAUGGAGUUAUUAGAGAGCAAUUUAGAAGCUAAAUCCAAAAUUUACAAGGACCCUGCUUUGUGCUAUGUUUUCUUGAUGAACAAUUGCAGGUACAUUGUUCAAAAAGCUGAAGAUAGUGAAUUAGGGACACUUUUGGGAGAUGAUUGGAUCAAAAAACACACUGCGAAAAUUCGGCAGUACCAAAUGCAGUAUCAAAGAAGCUCAUGGAAUAAGGUGUUUGGGUUUCUUAAGGUGGAGAAUAAUGGAUCAAUGCAACAGAAUGGGGUAGCUAAGUCAAUGAAAGAGAAGCUGAAAUCGUUCAACAUGAUGUUUGAUGAUUUAUGCAGGGUUCAAUCUACAUGGUUUAUCUUCGAUGAACAACUUAAAGAAGAAAUACGAAUUUCCAUUGAGAAACUCUUGUUGCCAGCUUAUGCAAAUUUCAUUGCUAGGUUUCAGAAUGUUGCUGAAGUUGGCAAACAUGCUGAUAAAUAUGUUAAGUAUGGAACAGAGGACAUUGAAGCAAAACUCAAUGAUUUGUUUCAGGGAAGCAGUGGAUCAACCGGUAGCCGAAAGCAAAGCUAAAUCUGUAUGUUUUUUGUGUGUAUGUAUUUGUUGUGUAGUUGUAAUACAAAAUUUUGAGUGUAGUUAGUUUAGUUGUAAAAGAUGUAUCAUGCCUUGUAUACUAUAAAUACUAGUAUUGUAUGUUUUUCUGCUUAUUAUCAUUAUGAGGAUUGAAAAAGUUCAGCAAUUGCUGGCACUUGAGAACCACCUGAGUUGUAUUUGUAUAACGUUUAAAAUAGUGUAAAAAGUUUUCUAAAUCAAUGAAGAUGAUUUAGCA